ACUUACAGUUCAAGGGACAAUGGUUGAGAUGGCCAGAAAACCUGCCUACUAGCAGCCGCGGUCGAAUAAACUUUCUUCUUUUUCUAAAGAACCAAUUCAGUUACGGAGUGGAAUUGAUGACUUUCGUUUCGUUCACCUAACAACGACCUACUGUGUUUAACACACACGAGAUUAUUUAAUUGGAAUUAACUUCGCCUAUCAACACAAGAAAUCAAAUCAAUGGAAUAAAUAUGGGAGCUGCACUUCUGCACACCAUUGAGCAGCAGUAUGAUGCAGGCAGGAGUCUGUCUGAGACAGGACACUGAGACAACACUACCAGAGCUCACUGAGCAGCACAGGAUCAGACUGAAAGAAGAGGAACUCAGUGGACUGGAGUCUGUCCACAUGGCAGAGUCAGAGACUGAGUGUACUACACCAGGACUCAACACACUGGAGCCAGAGUGUGUUACAGCACACAGUGGGGUCAGUGCUGUACACCACACUGACUCACCAUUGAUAAAAACAGAACCUGAUCUGGGUCCCACCAACACUGGGGAUCUUAUUAAGACAGAGAACCUAGACUUUACAGAGCUGGCAUGUAGAACCCAUCUGCACCCUGACCAAAUCAAAACAGAAACUUAUCCGGGUCACACACACACUGGGGAUCUUAUUAAGACAGAGAACCUAGAAGUUACAGAGCCAGGAUAUGUACCCCAUCUGCAUUCUGACCAAAUGAAAACAGAGACUGAUGAUGGAGGCUACAUCAAGGCUGAACACAUCAGUGUGCUGCAGGACAUUAAAUGUGAUGAUAUUACAUCUGAUGAAGUGAACCCUGUGCUUAAUGGAGCUGGUGUUGUUCACAAAGACCAGACUGAACCAUGGCAGUGUGCAGGAGAGCCAAAUCCACACUGCAGGAAACCAGGGAAAGAACAGGACCGUUCCACCCACCAUGCGAGAUGCCUUAAUGAGUCAUCAGAGUUAAUCCAAGACAAGGGAAGCCAUACUGGUGAAAAGCCCCACCAAUGCUCUCAGUGUGGGAAGUGUUUUCCUCAUAAAUAUAAUUUAAACAAACAUCUGAGAAUUCAUAGAGGUGAAAAAUCUUACAAAUCUAAUCGGUGUGGGAAGGGUUUUAAACAGAAAUCGCAUGUAAUCAGAGACAAGAAAAAUCAUACAGAUGGAAAGCCCUACAAAUGUGAUCAGUGUGGGAAGUAUUUUUCCACGAAGGCCGUUUUGAGGAUUCAUCAGAGAAUUCAUACAGCUGAAAAUCCCUACAAAUGUGAUCAGUGUGGGAAGUGUUUUAAACAGAAAUCAUAUUUAAUCAAACACAAGAAAGUUCAUACAGAUGAAAAGCCCUACAAAUGUAAUCAGUGUGGGAAGUCCUUCUUAAGGAAAUCUGCUUUAACCAAUCAUCAGAUAACUCAUUCAGGUGAAAAGCCCUACAAAUGUCAUCUGUGUGAGAAGUCUUUUGUUCAUAAAUGUUAUUUAAAUAUCCACCAGAGAAUUCAUACAGGUGAAAAGCCCAACAAAUGUGAUCAGUGUGGGAAGUGUUUUAAACAGAAAUCAUAUUUAAUCAAACACAAGAAAAUUCAUACAGAUGAAAAGCCCUACAAAUGUGAUCAGUGUGGGAAGUGUUUUAGCACAACAUCUGUUUUACAGAGACACCUGAUAAUUCAUUCAGGUGAAAAGCCAUACAAAUGCAAUCAGUGUGGGAAGUGUUUUCAACAGAAAUCAUCUUUAAUCAAACACAAGAAAGUUCAUACAGAUGAAAAGCCCUACAAAUGUAAUCAGUGUGGGAAGUACUUCUUAAGGAAAUCUGCUUUAACCAAUCAUCAGAUAACUCAUUCAGGUGAAAAGCUCUACAAAUGUCAUCUGUGUGAGAAGUCUUUUGUUCAGAAAGGAUAUUUAAAUAACCACCAGAGAAUUCAUACAGGUGAAAAACCCUACAAAUGUGAUCAGUGUGGGAAGUGUUUUAGCACAACAUAUGUUUUACAGAGACACCUGAUAAUUCAUUCAGGUGAAAAGCCCUACAAAUGUAAUCAGUGUGGGAAGUACUUCUUAAGGAAAUCUGCUUUAACCAAUCAUCAGAUAACUCAUUCAGGUGAAAAGCUCUACAAAUGUCAUCUGUGUGAGAAGUCUUUUGUUCAGAAAGGAUAUUUAAAUAACCACCAGAGAAUUCAUACAGGUGAAAAACCCUACAAAUGUGAUCAGUGUGGGAAGUGUUUUAGCACAACAUAUGUUUUACAGAGACACCUGAUAAUUCAUUCAGGUGAAAAGCCCUACAAAUGCAAUCAGUGUGGGAAGUACUUCUUAAGGAAAUCUGCUUUAACCAAUCAUCAGAUAACUCAUUCAGGUGAAAAGCCCUACAAAUGUCAUCUGUGUGAGAAGUCUUUUGUUCAGAAAGGAUAUUUAAAUAUCCACCAGAGAAUUCAUACACGGGAAAAGCCCAACAGGUGUACUCUGUACUCUGUGUAGGAAGUGUUUUAGCACAACAUCUGUUUUACAGAGACACCUGAUAAUUCAUUCAGGUGAAAAGCCAUACAAAUGCAAUCAGUGUGGGAAGUGUUUUCAACAGAA